AUCCUCAGUUACCGAAUCUCACAGAACCAGAACUUGGCUUCCGAAGUUAUCUGUCACAAUCUGAUGAUUUUUCCGGGGAAAAAAGUUGUAUCAGAGUUGUAAAAUCUUCUGGGGAUAUUAUCAAGCCCAAUGAGUAUAUAAAUGCAAUGGUCAAUUAAUUAAUGCAGCGGAUAAAGUCUUGAGGACUAAUCAUGAAGACACUUUUAGCAUUUGCCUGUUUGGUUGCAUCUUCUUAUGCACAUAUUUUACCGGAGAAUUCGGACCCGUCUCGUAUUGUUAAUGGGGUGGAUGUUGGAGUGGGAGAAAUUCCCUAUCAGGUAUCUCUCCAGCAAAAAGGAAAUAGCUUUCACUUCUGUGGGGGUUCCAUCCUCAAUAAAAAAUACGUCAUCACAGCCGCGCACUGUGUUAAAGGGACAUCUGCCGCUUCGAUCAAAGUGGUCUCGGCGACAGUGAAACUAUCGGAGCCAGUGACAACUCAUUUGGUUGAGAAAAUCAUAGUUCACGAGAAAUAUGACGCCUCUGACUCCUGGAAGAAUGAUAUUGCCCUCCUCAGGGUGAAGGGGAACUUCGUCGUGUCUUCGACCCUGAACUUCGUUCCAAUGCCGAGCCCGGGGAUGGCGGUUCCUGCGGAUUCACCUGCCAUCGUAUCAGGCUGGGGAAAUCUGAGGCAAGGAGGACCCAGCCCCAAUCACCUCCAGAAGGCGAAAAUUCUGAUUGCUGAUCAGAAGUACUGCAAGAAGCGAUAUGCCCCAGGAAAUACUGUUCACGAUACUCACAUUUGCGCUCAUGACCCAGUGGAAGAAACAGGUUCAUGCAACGGGGACUCUGGUGGUCCACUGACGGUGAGAGGCAAACUGGUCGGUCUCGUAUCAUGGGCCAUGGGCUGCGCCAUGACGAACUACCCAACAGUCUACACCAGAGUUCCAGAGUUCCUUGAUUGGAUACAGGAGCACGCUGUCUAGGUGAUUAGACCCCAGAAAGCCGCGGAUUGAUGAUUGUUAAAUUGUAAUUACGUCAGUAAAUGUAGUUUUCUUAAAUACAUGGUGUUAUUUACCUAUA